GCGUUCCCCUGACAGACCCCGCCCACCCCACCGAUCCCAGCCGAGGACCCCCCCAGAGCAGGGUAUAUAAGAUACCCAGACGCGGCUGCGGCUUCAGGUGUCCUCCGGUGGGUGAAAGGGACGGUGGCGUGAUUGUGGUGGUGCUGGGAAAUCUGUUGAAAGUUCCAGAGCCGUGUUUGUGAGUCUGAGCGCUUUUGAUCACCCACCACCAACAUGCCCGGCCACGUCAAAAAGAGCACUGGUCCCGACCCAGAUCCCUCCGAAUGGCUCUUCAUCUCCAGGGAGAUGAAGCUCAAGGACAUGGCCAAGCCUUACGACGCAAAGAAAUCGUGCUGGGUCCCUCAUCCUACCGAAGGCUUCGUUCUGGGUGAGAUUCAGGGCACCAAGGGCGACCUCGUCACUGUCCUUGCUGAAGGUGAGACCAAGGACUGGAAGAAGGAUCUUGUCGGUCAGGUCAACCCCAACAAAUACGAGAAGUGCGAGGACAUGUCCAACUUGACCUACUUGAACGAUGCCUCCGUCCUGUACAACUUGAAGAAUCGUUAUCAGGCUCAGCUUAUCUACACCUACUCCGGUCUCUUCUGUAUUGCUGUCAACCCCUACAAGCGCUUCCCCAUCUACACCAACCGUACUGUCAAGCUCUACAUGGGCAAGAGGCGUAAUGAAGUGCCUCCCCAUAUCUUUGCCAUCUCUGACGGUGCCUACAUGGACAUGUUGCAGGCCGGUGGUAACCAGUCUAUGCUCAUCACAGGUGAGUCUGGUGCCGGUAAGACCGAGAACACAAAGAAGGUACUCUCCUACUUCGCCAACGUCGGUGCCACUGAGAAGAAGCCCGGCGAGGCUGAGAAGCAGAACUUGGAGGACCAGAUCGUCCAGACCAACCCCAUUUUGGAACCCUUCGGUAACGCCAAGACUGUCAGGAAUGACAACUCCUCCCGAUUCGGUAAGUUUAUCCGUAUCCACUUCGAGCCCAAUGGCAAGCUGUCUGGUGCUGAUAUUGAGUCCUACCUGCUGGAGAAGGCCCGUGUCAUCUCCCAGCAGUCUCUUGAGAGGUCCUACCAUAUCUUCUAUGAGAUGAUGUCAGGCCAGAUCCCCGAGAUCAAGCCUAUGUGCAUGCUCAGCGACGACAUCUACGACUACCACUAUGUAUCUCAGGGCAAGGUCACUGUCCCCUCCAUCGACGACGCCGAAGACAUGCAGUUCUGUCACGACGCUUUCUUCGUUCUCAACUUCACCAAGGAGGAGAUCGACAACAUCUACAAGAUCACCGCCGCUGUUAUGCACAUGGGUGAGAUGAAGUUCAAGCAGAAGGGUCGUGAGGAGCAGGCUGAAGCCGACGGUACUGAGGUUGGCGAGAAGGUCGCCACCCUUCUCGGUAUUGACGUCGACCACUUCUACAACGGUUUGUGCAAGCCCAAGAUCAAGGUCGGUAACGAGUUCGUCGCCAAGGGUAUGGACGUGAACAAGGUCAACUACUCCGUCGGUGCCCUGGCUAAGGCCCUCUUCGAUCGUGUCUUCAAGUUCUUGGUCGACAAGUGUAACAAGACCCUCGAAACCGGCCAGAAGCGUGCUUCCUUCAUCGGUGUACUGGAUAUCGCCGGUUUUGAGAUUUUCGACGACAACGGCUUCGAGCAGAUUUGCAUCAACUUCUGUAAUGAGAAACUGCAGCAGUUCUUCAACCAUCACAUGUUCGUACUGGAACAGGAGGAAUACAAGAAGGAAGGUAUUGACUGGGUCUUCGUCGACUUCGGUAUGGAUCUCCAGGCCUGCAUUGAGCUGUUCGAAAAGAAACUUGGUCUCCUCGCCAUCCUUGAGGAAGAGUCUAUGUUCCCCAAGGCUACUGACAAGACCUUCCAGGAGAAGUUGAACGCCAACCAUCUUGGUAAAUCUCCUGUGUUCAUCAAGCCCAAGCCACCAAAGCCCGGUGUGCCUGAGGGUCACUUCGCCAUCGUCCACUACGCCGGUACUGUCACUUACAACAUUACUGGCUGGCUCGAGAAGAACAAGGAUCCCCUGAACGACACCGUCGUCGACAUCCUGAAGAAGGGCAGCAACUCUCUCAUUGUUGAGGUCUUCGCUGACCAUCCCGGCCAGUCUGGUGACGGCGGUGGUGGUGGCAAGGGCAAGGGCAAGUCUGGUGGUUUCAAGACCGUAUCAUCAGGUUACAGGGAUCAGCUGAACAACUUGAUGAGGACCUUGAACGCCACCCACCCCCACUUCAUCCGUUGUAUUGUACCUAAUGAGACCAAGACUCCUGGCAAGGUCGAGGCUGGCUUGAUCAUGCAUCAGCUGACUUGUAACGGUGUACUUGAAGGUAUCCGUAUUUGCCGAAAGGGCUUCCCCAACAGGAUGAUGUACAACGACUUCAAGCAACGUUACAAGAUCGUGGCUUCUGUUGAGAUGUCUCAAGCCAAGAAUGACAAGCUGGCUGCCGAAGCUUGCUUCCAGAAGGCCGGUCUUGACAAGGAUUCCUACCGUACUGGCAACACUAAGGUGUUCUUCCGCGCCGGUAUGUUGGGUCAGCUUGAGGAGGUCCGUGACAACCGCAUUGGUCUCCUCAUGACUUGGCUGCAGUCCUGGUGCCGUGGCUGGCUCAGCCGCAGGUCCUACAAGAAGCUGCAGGAUCAGCGUGUCUCCCUGAUCGUCGUUCAGCGCAACAUCAGGAAGUACCAGAACAUGAAGAGCUGGCCAUGGUACGGAUUCUGGAAUGCCCUGAAGCCAAGGCUCAACGUCAGCCGUAUCCAGGAUCAGCUUGACGGCCUUGAGAAGAAGGCAACCGAGGCUGAGGCUGCUCUCGAGAAGGCUCUUGUCAAGCGCAAGGAACUUGAAGAAGCCCACGCCAUCAUUCAGGAGGAGAGGAACGCCCUCUUCGAAACUGUCGAGUCCAGCAAGGGUGGUGUCAGCGAAAUGUUUGAGAAGCAGGCUAAGGUCCAGGCUCUGAAGGCUGAAGUUGAAGCCCAACUGGCCGAAGUCCAGAUGCGCCUUGCCAACGAGCAGGAAGCUCGCAACCAGCUUACCCAGGGUAAGAAGAAGGCCGAGCAGGAGAUUGGCGGCCUCAAGAAGGACCUCGAGGAUCUCGACCUUGCCAUCCAGAAGGCUGAGGAGGACAAGGCUACCAAGGAUCAGCAGAUCCAGACCCUCAACGAAGAGAUUGCUCACCAGGAGGAGCUCAUCAGCAAGGUGAACAAGGAGAAGAAGCACCUUCAGGAGUGCAACCAGAAGACCGCCGAGGACGUCCAGGCUAUUGAGGAUAAGUGCAACCACCUCAACAAGCUCAAGUCCAAGCUCGAGGGACAGCUUGACGAGCUCGAGGACUCCCUUGAGCGCGAGAAGAAACUCCGUGCUGAAGUCGAGAAAUCCAAGAGGAAGGUUGAGGGCGACCUGAAGCUCACUCAGGAAGCUGUCGCUGACCUCGAGCGCAACCUGAAGGAACUCGAGAACACCCUUCAGCGCAAGGACAAGGAAGUCUCUUCCCUCGGCAGCAAGUACGACGACGAGCAGAUCCUCAUCCACAAGGGCAACAAGCAGAUCAAGGAGCUGCAGGCCCGCAUCGAGGAGCUCGACGUUGAGGUUGAGCACGAGCGCCAGGCCCGCGCUAAGGCCGAGAAGGCCAAGUCCGCCUUGGCUCGUGAUCUCUCCGACCUCGGCGACCGCCUGGAUGAGGCUGGUGGUGCCACUGCCGCCCAGAUCGAAAUCAACAAGAAGCGCGAGGGCGAACUCGCCAAGCUCCGUCGCGAUCUGGAGGAAUCCAACAUUCAGCACGAGUCUGCCCUUUCCAUGCUCCGCAAGAAGCACAACGAUGCUGUCGCUGAGCUGUCCGAGAACAUCGACCAUCUCAACAAGAUGAAGGCCAGGGCUGAGAAGGACAAGGACGCCAUGAAGCGUGAUGCUGAUGAUGCCAAGGCUACCAUGGACGCUCUUGCCCGCGACAAGGCCGCCGCUGAGAAGACCACCAAGCAGCUCCAGCACCAGCUGGCUGAGACCCACGCUAAGCUUGACGAAUCCAACCGCACCCUGAGCGACUUCGACGCCACCAAGAAGAAGCUGGCUGUUGAGAACGCUGACCUCAUCCGUCAGCUCGAGGAGGCCGAGUCCAACCUUGCCCAGCUUUCCAAGAUGAAGCUUUCCCUCACCAACCAGCUCGAGGACAGCAGGAAGCUCGCUGAUGAUGAGAGCAGGGGCCGUGCCACCAUCCUUGGCAAGUACCGCAAUCUGGAGCAUGACAUUGCUGCCCUCCGCGAGUCUCUCGAUGAGGAGGCCGAGGCCAAGGGCGACGUUCAGCGCAUGCUUUCCAAGGCUAACGCCGAGGCCCAGAUGUGGCGUGCCAAGUACGAGUCCGAGGGUCUUGCCCGCGCUGAGGAAAUCGAGGCUGCCCGCAUGAAGCUUGCUGCCCGCCUUGACGAAGCCGAGGCUCAGAUCGAGCAGCUCAACAUCAAGAACAUGAACCUCGAGAAGACCAAGGCUCGCGUCAGUGCCGAGCUCGAGGACGUCCAGGUCGCUGUUGAGCGCGCCAACACUCUCGCUGCUGCCGCCGAGAAGAAGCAGAAGAACUUCGACAGGAUCAUCGGCGAAUGGAAGAUGAAGGUUGACGAUCUCGCUGCCGAACUCGACGCUUCCCAGAAGGAAUGCCGCAACUACUCCACCGAACACUUCCGCCUCAAGGCUGCCUACGAGGAGAACAUCGAGCAGCUGGACUCCGUCCGCCGUGAGAACAAGAACCUCGCUGAUGAGAUCAAGGAUCUCAUGGACCAGAUCGGUGAAGGUGGCCGCUCAUACCAUGAAGUUCAGAAGAACGCCAAGCGCCUCGAGAUCGAGAAGGAAGAGCUCCAGGCUGCUCUUGAGGAGGCUGAAGCCGCUCUUGAACAGGAAGAGAACAAGCUCCUCCGUGGCCAGCUCGAGCUUAGCCAGGUCAGGCAGGAAAUCGACAGGCGCAUUCAGGAGAAGGAAGAGGAGUUCGAAAACACCCGCAAGUGCCACCAGCGUGCUCUUGACUCCAUGCAGGCUUCCCUUGAGGCUGAGGCCAAGGGCAAGGCUGAGGCUCUCCGUGUCAAGAAGAAGCUCGAGUCUGACAUCAACGAGCUCGAGAUCGCCCUCGACCAUUCCAAUAAGGCCAACUCCGACCUCCAGAAGCACAUCAAGAAGAUCAACAACGACAUGAAGGACAUGGGCUCCCGCAUCGAAGAGGCUCAGCGUCUUGCUUCCGAGUACCGUGAGCAGUACGGCAUCUCCGAGCGCCGUGCCAACGCCCUCCACGGCGAACUGGAAGAGUCUCGCACUCUCCUCGAACAGUCCGACCGCGGCCGCCGCCAGGCUGAGACCGAGCUUGCCGAAGCCCACGAUUCCAUCAACAACCUCUCCACCCAGAAUGCCAACCUCACCGUCACCAAGAGAAAGUUGGAAAGCGAGAUGCAGACCCUCCAGGCUGAUCUUGACGAGAUGCUGAACGAAGCCAAGAACUCCGAGGAGAAGGCCAAGAAGGCCAUGGUCGACGCUGCCCGCCUCGCUGACGAGCUCCGCGCCGAGCAGGAACACGCCCAGACCCAGGAGAAGAUGCGCAAGGGCUUGGAAGUCACCGUCAAGGAGCUCCAGGUCCGCCUCGAGGAGAACGAGAGCAACGCCCAGAAGACUGGCAAGAAGGCCAUCUCCAAGCUCGAAGCCCGCAUCUCCGAGCUCGAGGCCCAGCUUGACGACGAGUCUCGCCGUCAUUCUGAUGCCCAGAAGAACCUCAGGAAGUGCGAGAGGCGCAUCAAGGAGUUGACCUUCCAGUUCGAUGAGGACAAGAAGAACCACGAGAAGAUGCAGGACCUCGUCGAGAAGCUCCAGCAGAAGAUCAAGACCUACAAGCGCCAGAUCGAGGAGGCUGAGGAAAUCGCCGCCCUCAACUUGGCCAAAUUCCGCAAGGCACAGCAGGAGCUGGAGGAGACCGAGGGAAGAAUUAUCAUCAAGGCUCUCUAAAUUCACAUCAAAAAUCUUGAUAAUCGAGCUAGGAUGACGACGCCCUCAAUAUAGUUAUAUAUAUAUUUUCAGAUUCUUCAUAAUAUUCCACGAACGGAACUCUAAUUAAUACGUAUAUCUUUUUCAAGCUCGUAUGCAAAAGUCUUCGGAUUACGUUGGUGAUUGUAUCAGCCAAUAGUUUUAUAUGAAAGUUGGAUAUACCGAACUUACAUGGUCAUGAAAACUGUAGCUUCGAAUAAAGAGUUCCUGAAAGCAACCAUGUAACGCGUAGGUGAAAUAGGCUACAAAUAAAAUAAUCUUUCUAGA